AUGACGGACAAGCUCCCCCCUCCGCUUCUGGCGCUCUUCCAACCUCGCCCGCCUCUGCGUUAUGUCACCCCCAUCAACCGUGCCCCAGAAGACUGCAAGAAGAGUAGCAUUGGUGGCAUUGCGCAGUUUCUGCCCGAGGUGAAGAAGUACGAGGAAGAAAUCCCAUAUACGCCUACGGAAAGCUGGAUCCAGCGCAAAUUGCGCCAGAAGGUGGAGAAGAAAGAGAAUAUUGACAAGCAAUUGACGGAAGGCCUCGAGACUUAUGAACCAUCCAACGACCAACAAGCACGAGGCGAUCCGUUCAAGACGCUGUUUGUUGCUCGACUGAGCUACGAUGUUAAGGAAUCGGACCUGGAACGGGAGUUUGGCCGUUUCGGUCCUAUUGAACGGAUUCGCAUCGUGAAAGACACCGUAACGCCAAAGGGCUCGAAGAAACCACACAGAGGAUAUGCUUUUAUUGUCUAUGAGCGCGAAAAGGAUAUGAAAGCUGCCUACAAGGAAACGGAUGGUAUCCGCAUUAAGGACCGCCGUGUCUUGGUAGACGUCGAGCGCGGUCGUACAGUCAAGGGAUGGAAGCCUCGUCGCUUCGGUGGUGGCCUCGGAGGUCGUGGUUACACCAAGGCGUUGCCCUCUCGACCUAUCGGCCCUGGCUCUUUCAACGCCCCCUCUGGUCCCGGCGGCUAUGGUGGUGGAUUCCGUGGUGGGUUCGGCGGCAGAGGUGGUUUCAAGGGAGGAUUCCGCGGUGAUCGUGGAUUUGGUGGGCCCCGUGGAGGUGUCGGAUACCAAGGUGGUCGCAACGGAUUCGGUGGAGGUGGACAGGCUCCCCCCAACGCCCCUUCAGGUCCGGGAGGCGGACGCAGCGGUGGAUUCGGUGGUGGUCCCCCUGGCGGCGGCAGAUUUGAGCGUGAACCCCGCGGCGCUACUGGCAGCAACAGAGAACCCAUCAGGCCCCGGGACGGGUUUGGCGACCGCGAUCGUCGAGACCGGGAUCGGGACCGCGACGGUGACCGUCACCGGGACCGUGACAGGGAUAGCUAUCGCUACCGUGACCGGGACCGUGAACGCGACCGCGAUCGUGGUGACAGGUACGGAGGCCGGGGCGACGACUACGGGCGGAAGCGAUACCAUGAAGAUGAUUCGUAUGAUGACCCCCGUGCCAAAAGAAGAUACUGA